GGCACACCAGAAAUUUCUAAACUAUUUUUCACCUUUUUUCUCCAAAAUGCCAUUUAAUUAAAUUUUCUUUCUCUGUCUACGUUCAGUAACAUUUAUACCAAAACAAGAAGGCACCAGAAAAACCAAGUUAAAUCUGGAAGUUGCAGAUGUGACCAGCAGAGCUUGUUUUACUUUAAGCAUAUGCACAUUUUCACUUCCAGUGUGUUUUGAUCGGAGGCAAGUGCCGUUGAAAGUUCCAUGGCUCAAGAUCAUUUGUGUUUGCAGCCACUGCUAUGGUGCACUUUAAUUCAUCUUUUUCAGGGUACUUCCGCUGUGGAUCAUGUCCCUGUGCUGGUGUGGUCAACAUUUAGCUCUUUAUGGAAUUUGAAAAAUGCAACACAUGAAGGUCAUAUCAUUAAAAACGAAGAGCUACAUAGAUUCCUGAAACCAAUUUUUAACCAAGGUUCCCAGAAUGUCGUUCUAUUUCUUCAGAAUCAGCUUAGUGUUGAAGACUUCACGCGUUAUGGUCCUCAUAAUGGAGACAAUAAAGCAUUCUACAAUGUACAGCAAUCCCUUGACACUUCAAACUCAUCCUUGGUUCUGCCAGCAGUUGACUGGAGGGCGAUAAAACAUCUAAAGGAAAAUCUAAAUUGGACGAAAGUUCAAAUUGACCAUGAUCAGGAGAUAGAACUAGAAGCGGAUCCUUCAAAACAAAAUCUGAUUGUAAUAAACUUGGAACCAGUUGAUAGGAUGAAUAACUUUAAAAUGGCACAGAGUCUAACCAACAAUGAUAAAAUAAUUGGGAUGACAACUAAUACUUUGAAAAGGAAAGGACUGCAAUUUUCUGGCAUUUACACAGCCUUAAGACCUUCUGUGGUUAUUAGAAGCCGUACUGAGAGAAUGAUUCAUACUGGACGGCGAUUGAUGGCCACGGAGUCAACUAGUUCUGCUUCAUACCCACCACUGAAUGUGACAAAUGGCACAGACACAUGCAUUCUCUUUUAUGCUAGCAGUCUGCAACUAAAAGUCAAUGGAACGCUAAUCGACCUGACCAAUGAAACCUUUAUUUCCCGUUCAGUGGACACCAAUAAUUCCAUGUGUUCAACCACUAAUGCCACAUUAUCACUCAAGUAUGCAUUCCAACAAAAUCUAAGUAUCAAUAUUAAGACUCUAGAAAUCAGGUUUCUUAUGAGGAACAGUUUCUACACUGUAUCAGCUCGGCACUGGUUCACUUUAGAUUUUGUUGAAAUUGUGCAAGAUGAAGUCAAUGUUGGAGCAUUUAAUGUGUCCAGCAUCUCAGCACCACAGGAGUAUUCCUUUCACUGUCAGUUGGUAGGAACCAGUGGGCUUUAUGGUGUAGCAUUUAUUCCAGCUAACAAGACUGCCCAAGCCUGGACCAUCGCUAUUUCUGAGUUUCAGAUUCAGGGCUUCAACGUGAAGAACAACCUAUUUGCUUAUGCAAGCGACUGUACUUCAUUCUUUACUCAUGCAAUUUGGAUGGCCCUGGUGACAUCGCUGAUUCUUUUGUACAUCCUAACCUAUGGCAUGCACAUGAUCAUGCACUUGACAACUAAUGACCGUUUUGAUGACCCCAAAGGCCAAGCUCUAACAGUUCCCCAGACUGACUAAGUCUACUUGAAGCUUAAUUCUCUAACUACCUUUGUUGUUAAUUAUAUUGAAUUUAUACAAAACAUGUCAAUACAGAUUUCACCAUUCACAGAGGGAUGCAGUUAGUUAUAACUUUGAUGUUGUAUUUACAGAUUACAGUUUGAACAUGAAUUAAUGCUGGAGCUUUUAGCAUCUUGUAGAUAAAGUUGACCAGAAAGGACACAAUGUGGAUUGCUUAUUCAUAAAUAUUUUCAGUGGGCCAAAGUGUAGCUAUAAGCAGAGGCACAAAAGGCUCACAAGUAGAACUUUUCCGACAGACUUAGUAAUUUUGAUACAAGAAAUUGAGAGAAAGUAGGGAGAAGAUUGCAUGAGCAAGUGUGGAUGAAAUGUCUCCUGUUGAUGCUAAUUUGAAUGUGUAAUGAAGGUGGCAUUCUCAAAUAUUAUCCUGUUUCAUCAGUGAAUAGGAGAUAAGAAAGCACUGCAGCAUAAGUGAGCAUGGGUAGUUGUGACAUGAAUGGAUUAUUUUAUGUAAAUUAUUGACCUCUCCAUUUUGCUGAUACAAGUUAAAUUCACUUAAAUUUGGAAUUUUAGACGAGCUAACCACGGUGAAGAUAUAUGAAAUGGCUGAAAGUCAAAGAGAAGAUUCUUUUGAAAGAAAAAUUGAACCAAAACACGUUAAACUAAGAAUACAGAUUUGGAGUGGAUUAGCUAAUUAAAUAAAUUCUGGUGGAGCCAUAGGUCAGUUAAUCUCAUGCAUUCACAGAUACACUAUGUUACAAUCAUCUUUGCACAUUUGCCUGUGGUAUUUACAUCCAACACACCACAGGCAAAUUUAGAAUUGCAUUUUUCAAAGGUCUUUAGCACUAUUGAAUUUUGGCAGGUAAAUCAGUCAACUCCAGGGUUCUCUGUAUCUACUGCACUCCUGCAACAGAGGUGACUGCUUCACUGAUUUCUACUGUGGAAGAUGGAUUUUCAGGAAUGCUCUUCCAUAAUUAGUAGUUAAUGGUCAAUGCAGGUAUCUGAAUCCUUACACUGUGUUCUUAUUUUUGAAGCAUUGCAAGGGUAUUAAAGGGCCCAAGGAGAAUAAAUUUCUCCUUAAUGUUCCGGACUCCUUAACUUACACUUAAAAUAAUGAACCUUGGUCAAAUUACCUUUUUGUUUUUCUAGUGAGAAAGUGAAACGUGCAAAUUAGAGUGCUGACUGAUUAAUUUCAUAUGCAAAUUUAAAUUCAAAUUAUCUAUUUAAAGAAGAAUAAUUUCAAUCAAGCAGCUAUUAUUAUUCCUUCAAUGUAAUCAUGGAGUAUGGGUGAAAUACUGUAGCAGCAAAAGCAUAAAGAUUUAUUUUUAUGACUUGGGGGUCUUUGUACAGAUUUUAAAAUCACAAAUAUAUUUGGAGCACUGCAAAACAAAAUUGUUUCUGUAAUUAUUUUUAAAAGCAAAAAUAUAAUUUUCAGUGCUGGCUCCAUUCUUUGAAAUAUUUAAAUGCAACCUUUUAUUAUUUCUGUGAAACUAAUCUGUUACAGAUUUAUAUCGGAGAGGGCCAAUAGCUCUCUAAUAUAAUCCACAGCUACAGAGACCAGUUCUCAAGCCCUCCUCAGAAAGAAGUGGAACAAGUGGUAUAUAUACUUUAGUAAAAAUACACAUCAUGAUUGGAAAUGUAUUCUGCUGACUCUAUGGAUAUGGUAGCAUAGUGACCAAACUACUGGACUUGUGUCCAGAGGCCUGGAUUUUUGAUUGUGCUUCUUGCUGAAAAUAGCAAGAACUGACCCCCAGAAAUGCUUUGACAGCCAACUAAGC